CUCCUCCUCCAAGGCAGAGCGGAUUGUAGCGGGGACUGGGGUGCCUGCUUGCACCCUGCCAGCCCCAGAGCUCGUCGGGGUCCUCUGGGGAAGGCAACCUGUUAGCUUGAGGUGGGGAACCUGCACUUUGCGACCCAAACGGUGCGAGGCUGCCAGCAUAACCCGCCCCGUGCCGCUCCCUUGGGACCAUGGAGACCGGUAGCGUCUUCCCACAGCCUGGCACGCAGCAGCCCCCAGGCAACAGGGCUGGGGAAACCCGUGAGGAUGAUGAUGGUGGUGGGAAGGGGACAGUGGAGGAUGAUGCCACGAGUGGGAAUCCCUACGCCGGGCUGGUGAGCCGCCUGCGGGCAGCCUGGCUCUCGGGGAAGACGCGGCCCUUGGAGUACCGGGUGGCCCAGCUGGAGGCACUGGGACGCUUCUUGGAUGAGAAGAAGCAGGACAUCCUGGAGGCCACGGCCUUGGACAUGAGCAAGCCACCCUUUGAAGCUGAAUACACCGAGAUCCUCCUCAGCAAGAACGAGCUCCAUGAGACGCUGAACAACCUGCCCCACUGGAUGAAGGACGAGCACGUGGACAGGAAUCUGGUCACCCGGCUGGACUCGGCCUUCAUCCGCAAGGACCCGUAUGGGGUGGUGCUCAUCAUCGCAUCCUGGAACUACCCCAUCCACCUCUUCCUGGUGCCCCUCAUCGGGGCCAUCGCUGCUGGUAACUGCGUCGUCGUCAAACCCUCAGAGAUGACCAAGAACACCGAGAAACUCAUAGCUGAAGCGCUGCCCAGCUACGUGGACAAGGACUGCUUCGCCGUGGUGACUGCUGGCGUGCAGGAGACCACCAGGCUGCUGGAGAACAAGUUCGACUUCAUCUUCUUCACCGGCAACCCCUCCGUGGGGAGGAUCAUCAUGACAGCCGCUGCCAAGCACCUGACUCCAGUGACGCUGGAGCUGGGGGGCAAGAACCCCUGCUACGUGUCCGACCACUGCGACGUGCAGAACGUGGCCCGGCGGGUGGCCUGGGGCCGCUUCUUCAACGCGGGGCAAACCUGCAUUGCGCCUGACUACCUGCUCUGCAGCCUGGAGAUGCAGGAGAAGCUGCUGCCCGCCCUGCGCGAGGCCAUCACCGAGUUUUAUGGCCCCAACCCUCGGGAGUCCCCUGAUUUCGGCCGCAUUGUGGGGGACAAGCACUUCCAGCGGGUACAGGCGCUGUUGCGCAGCGGGCGAGUGGCCAUCGGAGGACAGACGGACGAGAAGGAGCGCUACAUCGCUCCCACAGUGCUGGUGGACUUGCAGCCCUCUGAUCUGAUCAUGCAGGAGGAGAUCUUCGGCCCUAUCUUGUCCAUUGUCACCGUGGCCAACAUGGAUGAAGCCAUUGACUUUAUCAACAGCCGUGAGCGGCCGCUGGUUGUGUAUGCCUUCUCCUCUGAUGACAAGGUGGUGAACCAGGUGCUGGAGCGGACAAGCAGCGGCGGCUUCUGCGGCAACGACACCCUGAUGCACGUGACGUUGACCUCGCUGCCCUUCGGUGGGAUCGGAAACAGCGGUUUGGGGAAAUACCACGGGAAAUUCACUUUCGACACCUUCACCCACCACCGCGGCUGCCUGCACCGCGGCAUGGGCCGGGAGGCCCUCAACACCCUGCGCUACCCGCCCUACAGCCAGCAGAAGCUGGGCAUCGUCCGGGCUGCCUGCGAGCCUCCUGACCUCUUCUCAUCGGCCAACGUGGCAACCCGCUGAUCAGGGCUUGGGAUGGAGCCGCUGGGCGAUAGGAAGGAGAACUGGGGAGGGUGGAAGCUACUAGCAACUGGGGCAGAAGGUAGGGGCAGAGCCCCGCAGGGAGUUCCUGCACCCCACAUCUCCCUGCACCCCAUAGAGAUCCCUUGGUGGCUCCGUGGGUUCCAGCAGCCUCGGCUCCAUCUCUGCUGGGAGAUCCCCACCACAGCAGAGGGGCGGAAGGGCUGGUGGGGUGGUCUGGGGGGUGCUGGUGGUCACCUCCUGCUGCCUGUGACCCCCCAAGAAUCACAGAAUCCCAGGCUGGAAGGGACCUCAAGGACAAUCUGGUCCAACCUUUCUGGCACAAGCCUGGUCUAGACAAGCUGGCCCAGCCCUGUGUCUGUCUGAAUCCUAAAAGUGUCCAGUGUUGGGGAACCCACCACUUCCCUGGGGAGAUUAUUCCAGUGGCUGAUUGUUCUCACUGUGAAACAUUUCCCUCUUGUGCCCAGUCGGAAUCUCCCCAGGAGUAACUUGCACCCGUUACUCCUUGUCUUUUCCACGACACUCCUUGCACAAAGGGAGUCCCCUUCUUCUUUGUAGCCACCCUUCAGACACCGGAACAUGGGGAUAAGGUCUCCCCAGGGCUGAACAAACCCAGUUCUCAGCCUGCAAUGCUCUCCUCCCAAAUCCUGAACUGGGAUGAUCCCAGCUUCCUCCACCCCUUGCCCUGCAAUUUGCCCUCCCUUAUCUCACACUGGCUGACAAUCUCCUCAGUGAUCAAACAGGGAGCUUGGAGCGAGCACAGGCAGCUGAGCCCAGAGGACAGGGGCAGGUAAGGUGCCAGCAGGGAUGGGGGCUCCUUCUCCUGCCACAUUUUGGGGUGUGCUGUCCUCCGGAGACCCUUUCUGUUCUGUCCGGGUUGCUUUGACUCCAUCCUGGUGGGUUUCUGGGCUCCAUCUGGCUGUUUCCCCUCUCCUCCAGUCCCACUACCCCCACCUCAUGCUUUGAAAAUUGGAGAAGCCAAGUCAACCCCAGCUCAGUGCUGCUGAAGAACAAAAUCCCGUUGGACACGUCCCACCUAGCACAGUGUGUACAGACAUGCCAGGCUGCAACCCUGUCCCCCAUACUGAGAUACUGAACCCCUGUUUUCAACAGCGACCUUCUCCUGUGGCCCAGGAACCUGCUGGCAUGGGGCAGCACGAGGCCAGGCCACCCGUCCUUGCCACCACGAGGCCACAGGGUGUCCCUGGGGGGUGUCUGCCCCAGAAGAGAUGGUCACAUGCUGCUGUGGCUACCAGGAGCCUCCGUGCUGUGAGCACAAGCAGCACCAGGUAGCCAUGGGGCUGUGCCUGUAGUGGUGGCUGUGAUGACCUGUGUGUCUGGAGCUCUCUGAGAUCUCCCUUUGCAAAGGACGAGCUCAACCAGAUGCUCAGCAAUCCGGGUGCCUGAGUGGAGAACGAGCACGGGGAGAAGAACUGGGUACAGGGCAGCGGCUGGCUGGGGACACAGGUCCUUCACAUCAUCCUGGUGCUCAUCAUCGCGCCCUGGAACUACCCCAUCCACCUCCUCCUGGUGCCCCUCAGCGGGGCCAUCGCUGCUGGGCUGCGUCCUGGCCGUGCUGGGGGGUUCCCAGCACCUCACUGGGAGGGGGUGCAUGUCCCGUGUCCUGCUUGGGGUGAUGGUGGUGGGGCUGCACUGGGGACAGGUAUUUUGCUCCCCAGGAGCAAGGUCCUUCAGAGGAAGGAGCUCCCGUCCUGCAGGUAACUGCUUCGUCAUGAAACCUUGUGAAAUCAGGAUGAUGUGGAGAGGUUUGCGGCCAAUAUGCUGCCCAGGUACCUGGACAAGGCAGGAGAACCCUCUGCUGUGGCCGCCUCUGUGUCCCAAACCUGCUUGGCCAAGCCGCAUCUCUCCAGGAGGAGACCACCAGGCUGCUGGAGAACAAGUUCAGUUCCAUCUUCUUCACCGGUAGGUCUCCCAGCGACAUCCCGGUCCCACCUCUCUCUUCAGGGCAGGGAGACCACCCACCCUAACAAGCCUGGUGUGUCCGUGACCCCCAGCCAGGCAGCCCGGGCUUGGCUCCACGGUGCAGGAAACCGACCCCAUCACGCAGGAGACCUCCAGGCCCAGCACGGCCAACGCCGUGGCCUUCACCAACCCCCAGGAGCAGCCACGGGUUCUCUACGUCCUCUCCUCCCGCAAGAAGGCGCAGCACUGGGCUGGGAGCAUCCCCCACUUCAGCCCAGGUUGCAUCCUGCAUGGGGCUGGGCAUCCAGUCGGGGCUGCUCCUCUGGCUGUGUCACAGCCGGAGCGAGGCCACCGCAUCUCCACGCGUGUGGAAGCUGAGAAUUGUCUCAACAGCCGUCAGAGCUAUUAAGCUGGUGUUUAUUUGACACAUCGGACGCAUGGGGAAUCAUUCCUCCUAAUAUGCACUCCCCUGCAGUGGAGUUUAUGAUAUUUAUACACAAUUCAUAUACUAAUUUCCAAGAACUCAUUACAAUAUUCAUUACUUUUCCAAUAAAUCAUUAGAAUAUGU